UCAAAAUAAUUAUUGUUACUACGAAUUCCUUGACAUUGACAAUGAACAAUGAAUAAAAUCUGGUCUGAAUCUUUUGAACGUUUGCCAGGGAAGCGUUGUUUGAUUUGACUGGCGCUUAGUGGUCUGGUAACAGCUAAAAUGUUCACUUCGUGGGAUGAGCAGUUACAAGAGCUGGUGCUUCAAAGAAGGUGGAAGGAUAUAAUUUCGUUAGGCGCAACAAUACCACUGGAAGAGAAAUCCAGAUAUCUGUGGGCCUGGCCGUCAGAAGAUAGUUUAAUAUUUCUGAAAAAUGAGUUAAAAGCCGCUGGUGUGUCUAGAAUUCUAAGCAUUGGUUGUGGGUCGGGACUUCUGGAGUGGAUUAUUCGUGAAAGUAUAGGAAUAUCUGUUUUUGGUGUAGAGCUGGAUAAUUCAUGGUGGAAAAGUUCUUAUUCACCAAAAACAUUCAUAGAUUUGUCGUUCGCUAGAAACGAGUUAACCCCGAAUUUUCUGCAGGAAGCAUGCGCGUCGAACGAUUGGAAUUUUGCAUUGCUUUUUUGCUAUUUCAAUAACCACGAAGCAUUUAUUCGAUAUUUGGAUGCGUAUCACGGAAAGUAUUUAGUUAUAAUAGGGCCCGGCAAUGAUUGUGGCAGACACACUGAUCCACAACCCUUCGAGCUAAAUUUGAAAGAUAACAAAGAACGUUGGAGGCUUGUGAGCUCUUGCCAUAUAGGAAAUAGUGUGGAUUUUAUAGCAAUAUAUAUUAAAAUUUUAGAUGAAUAAAAUUCUGUGUUGAAAUUUACAAGCAGUGUUUUAAUGCCAAUUUGAGAACUGUGGUACCAUGGUUUAGAGUGGUUUCGUUACAUAUGAUUCUAGGAGAAAACUGUAGCGAGUUUGCGGUGCCAAUGUGUUCCCAAGGCUUCUUAAUGGGCCCCUGCUGUAGAACAUAAUGUAUGACGAAGUGCCUGACUUUUGCGUACCAAACGAGGGUGUGAAACCAUACGCUAUCAAAGCAUGUUUACAAGUGGCUAAACUGGACCUGGUGGGCAAAGGACGGAGGCGGUCCAUAUUAACAAUCGCAUGAAAAGCAAUAUUGCCAAAAUCCUGGACUGGGCUAUGCUCGAGAAAAGGCAGCAAAAGCUAAUUUAUCACUAGCAGGGAUUAUGCUUAUCGUAGGAGUGUUGAAAUCCACCCUUUUAUACGCGGGUCCAGUCUGGGCGAGAGCACUGGACAAUACAGUGAACUAAAAAAGGGUGAGUACUUCAUAUCGAGCAAUCGCGCUGAACCGUGUGUAGUGCUUAUAGGACCGUAUCCGGUGAGGCGGUGUGGGUUAUCGACUGUCCCGGAUGCGCCGCUAUACCUGCGAACCCGAGCAUGUUGUGUUCCAUUGUUCGUGAUUCGAGAUUGGAAAAGAGAGGUUAAAUGGCUCCCUGAACGUAGCUAUUGUAUCCCAUAGUCUCUAUGAGGAGAUGGUGACUUCGGAAGCAAAUUGGAGCAUGGUAAACACAACAAUAAUUGCGAUACACAAAAACCUGCAGAAACUGAAUAGAGCCCGGAAAGCAUGACGGACGCUUGUAGCAGUCCUAGGGCGACCCGCUCGCCUUCCAUCCUGGAAUAGUUUUUUCCAUUACAUGACAUAACUUGCAAUGGAGUUGUCGAAUGCUCCGAUCAGAUAAUCAUCAUCAACGGCGCAACAACCGGUAUCCGGUCUAGGCCUGCCUUAGUAAGGAA